AGGGUAUUGUGUCCAACUACAACUAAAAAAUAAAUGUUUAAAAAAAAAAGAAAGAGGCAUGAGAAAGAGAGGCAAUGUGGGCAAGCUCAGAGUACUACCUAAGGGAAGCUGUAGAGGCCAGAGCUGAGAUGGGAAGGCAGAAAUAAGGCCUCCAAGUGAGGAGGGUCCUAGAACAUUGGUGUUUGCCAAUCAGUGAGUCAACAGCAAGGAAAGAAGAAGCCACAGGGGUUGGGUUUAAACAGGGAUCCUGCCAGCAACCAGGAGGAACCCAGGGACAGAGAGGGUGCCAGGUGUGCUGAGGCUCUCCUGCUGGGAUGCCCAGGCCGCAGGAGCUAUGGCCUUCUGCCCUCCUGGCUCCUGGUCCUCCUGAGACUUUCAGGGUUCCAACCAGACAGCUCAGUCUCUUGCUCAGCCUCUUGGAAGGGGAUGAAAGAAGUCCAUCCAGAGAGCAACAUUUGGAACCAUCCUGGCUAGAUGAGGCCCAGAAGCUCCUUCACCUCCCUGCCUACCUGGGUGAAUAGCCCUAAUCCAAACCUGCAGGACAGUUUAAGAGUCACUGUACACAGCCGAGGGCAGGGUGGGUGGUGGUUCACAGUCCAAAUUAUAAAAGUGGGCAUCCAAGGGAGCCAAGCAGAGCCUGUGAGCUCCAGGCCACACUGUCCUAUCAACUCAGGGUCAGUGCGGGAAGGCUCAGCGAAUAGGGAGUUGGCUCCCUCCUGGCUCGCGUGCCCAGGUGGACUGGCCUUGCAGGGCGGAACCAACCGUCUCUCUCCCCAUAUUGGAAGCUUCUUGGGGUAGGACCACAGUACCACCACCAGCCCUUUGAGGGGACACUGUGGGGAUCUGGGCCGGGCAGUGUUUACACCUCUCUGAGUCCGAGUCUGUCUCCCAUUGCUGCUGGGUGCUAGCAAUCAGUCCCCUAGCACCGUAGGGGCAGAAAGAUAGGCAGGAGCGUGGUGCAGCAGGGGCGGGGUGGAUCCUGCGGUUUCGGUAGCGAGAGCACUCGGCAGGUGGGGGAGGGGAAGAUGAACAGCCGGGUUCAACCCUCACCCCUCUUACGCGGGGCGGAGCCACAUUCCUCCUCGCAGCUUCGGGUGGACUGGGCGGAGCAAGAGAGGCUUGGGGCGGGGCUGCAGGACUAGGGUCCUUUUCACUUUCCGUUUUGUUUUUCCAACAACCACCGAAGUUGCGGGCCCGUAAAACCAGGGACUUCCUUGACCCUGGCUUUGGCCUGCGUCGGAACCGCCAGGCUCGCUGGGAACAGCGCCCAACCGGUCCCUCAAACAGGUUGUGCCACGUGGCCUUGACCCGAGACACCCCUGCUGCUCGUGCCGAUUUGCCGACAAUUCGAUUCGCACUCUUGGAGCGAAUGAAUCUUCUGGGCGGCUUCUCAGCCAGACAGCCCCGAGCGCUAUGCAAACCCAGUCCGACUGGCCCCCGGUGACCGACGACAUCCUGCGGCCUUCGCCUUUUGCGCAUCCUGUGCUGCACACCCUCCAUUGCGUGGCCCGCGUGCUGCUCUUCCCGACCUACUGGGCUCUGGACCAGUUGAUUGGCUGCUGGGCACCGACAGCGCGCCCCAGCAGGCUGAGAGCAGCAGCUGGCGGCGGGGUGGCGCUGCUGCUGCUCCUGCUAUUUGGCCUACCGCUGGCGUUGCCUGGCUUGCUGCUCUGGCUGCCGCUGCAGGCCUGUCGCCGCCCCUUCUGCUACCAGCCCCCUCCUCCGUGCUGGGUGCCGCCCACGCCCUGGCGCCCGUGCGCUGAGUUUGCGCGCUGCUUUGUCUUCCUCACUGCCAACCUGUGCCUGCUCCCCGACGGGCUGGCGCGCUUCAGCAAUCUGCCGCACAGCCAACGGCGCGCARAGGCCAUUGGCGCUACGCUGUUAAACGGCCUACGGCCCUCGCUUUAUGGAGCUACCGGAUGCAGCCCACAAAGGCCUGGGGAGCCAGGCGGGACGCUGACGGCCCAGAUGCCCGCGGGGCUGGACUUUGUGUGCCUGCAGGAGGUAUUCGAUAUUCGUGCAGCUCGACGCCUGGUGCGCCGCUUGGCUCCGAAUCUGGGCCCGGUGCUGUAUGACGUAGGCACACUUGGCCUACAGCCUGGGCCAUACUUAAAACUGCUAGGCAGCGGGCUCCUGCUGGCUUCCCGCUACCCGCUUCUGCGUGCCAACUUCCGUUGCUUUCCCAAUGCGCGUCGUGAGGACGCCUUUGCCUCCAAGGGUCUACUAUCCGCUCAGGUGCAACUGGGCAUCCUGGACGGGCACCGCAUAGUGGGAUUCCUGCAUUGCACGCAUUUACAUGCACCCACUGAGGAUGGGCUCUUGCGCUGCAAACAGCUGACGCUGCUACUGGACUGGGCAGAGCAGUUUGAGGCCGAGAGCCGCCAGAGUGGUGAGGCUGUGGCCUUUAGCGUGCUUCUGGGUGACCUAAAUUUUGACAACUGCUCAAAAGACCACGCACAGGAGCAGGGGCACAAACUCUUUCGCUGUUUCCGGGAUCCCUGCCGGCUGAGCACACGCCAGGAUCAGCCUUGGGCCCUGGGAACCAUCCUAAGCACCUCCACCCUCCACCAAUCAGUAGCUAGCUCACCGGAGAUGCUGCGGAGGGCCCUAGAGCAGGAGAAAGGGCGCCACCUCUACCUGGCAGGCCCUCCCCGCGGAGGCCGUCGGGCUAACCCCUGGCUGGGCCGGCGUCUGGACUACAUCACCUACCGGGAAAUGCCUGGGAGUGUGCUGAUUCCAGAAGUGGAACAGGUUAUGUUUAGUACAGCCCUGGCGGGGCUCACAGACCACCUGACCGUGGGCCUGCAGCUGCGCGUUUCGGCACUCUCCUGACACUGGCACAAGGACAA